AUGGCUGCCCGCGGGUGUAGGAGCGGGGGAGUCCUCGGCUCCUCUCAGAGCGGCCUCCUGACGCCGCCAGUAGGCGGGGUCCCCCGGGCUGCCUCCGCCGCUGUCAUGUAUCCGCCGCCGCCGCCGGCGCCGCCUCGGGACUUCAUCUCGGUGACGCUGAGCCCGGGGCAGGGCUACGACGGCAGCAAGAGCCGGCGGCGGCGCUCCUGCUGGAGGAAAUGGAAGCAGCUGUCGAGAUUACAGCGGAACGUGAUCCUCUUCCUCCUCGCGUUUCUGCUGCUCUGUGGGCUCCUGUCCUACAUCAGCGUGGCUGACCAGUGGACAGCCCCAGCUGGCAGGUCCGCAGAAGAGCACAAGAUGAGACCAGCAAAGCCACCCGUCUUGCCAGCUCCUCAGAAGGCAGAUGCUAAGGCAGAACACUUCCCGGGGGUCUUACCUCAGAAGCCUCCACGGCAUUUCCGACGGGGACCACCCAACCUGCAGAUUAGAGCCCCCGAUAAAGUCUCGAAGGACAUGAGGCAGGGUGACACGCAGAGGAGGGAAGAGGCUGAAGGUGGCGCUCGCCAGAAAGAAAACGCCCAGAGAACGAUCGUCAGCUGGAGGGGAGCAGUGAUUGAGCCGGAGCAGGGCACCGAAGGCCCCUCCAGAAAGGCAGACGCCCCCACCGGGCCUGCCUUGCAGGCCACCAGGAUUCAGAAUCAACCAGGCUCCCCGAACGGACGCCAGAAGGCCGUGAUAGAGGCCUUCCGCCAUGCCUGGACCGGAUACCGCAAGUUUGCCUGGGGCCACGACGAGCUGAAACCUGUGUCCAGGUCCUUCAGUGAGUGCUUUGGCCUCGGCCUCACUCUGAUCGACGCCCUGGACACCAUGUGGAUUUUGAACCUGAAAAAAGAAUUUAAAGAAGCCAGGACAUGGGUGUCCAAGAAGUUAGUGUUUCAGAAGGAUGUUGACGUCAACCUGUUUGAGAGCACCAUCCACAUCCUUGGGGGGCUUCUGAGUGCCUACCACCUGUCUGGGGACCACCUCUUCCUGGAGAAAGCAGAAGAUUUUGGGAACCGGCUGCUGCCCGCCUUCCAAACGCCCUCCAAGAUUCCAUACUCUGAUGUGAACAUCGGCACUGGGGUUGCCCACCCGCCCCGCUGGACCUCGGACAGCACGGUGGCCGAGGUGACGAGCAUUCAGCUGGAGUUCCGAGAGCUCUCCCGUCUCACGGGAGUUAAGAAGUUUCAGGAGGCCGCAGAGGAGGUGACGAGGCACGUUCACUCCCUGUCCGGGAAGAAGGACGGGCUGGUACCCAUGUUCAUCAACACACACACUGGCCUCUUCACCCACACGGGAGUGUUCACCUUGGGCGCCAGGGCCGACAGCUACUACGAGUACCUGCUGAAACAGUGGAUCCAGGGCGGCAAGAAGGAGACGCAGUUACUGGAAGACUACAUUGCAGGCAUCGAGGGCAUCAAAAGGCACCUGCUGCACAAAUCUGAACCCAGGAAGCUCACCUUUGUGGGGGAACUCACCCACGGCCGCUUCAGUGCCAAGAUGGACCACCUGGUGUGCUUCCUGCCAGGCACACUGGCUCUGGGCGCCCACCACGGCCUGCCUGCCGAGCACAUGGAGCUGGCCCAGGCCCUGAUGGACACCUGCUGCCAGAUGAACCGUCAGAUGGAGACAGGCCUGAGCCCCGAAAUCGUGCACUUCAACCUGUACCCCCAGACAACCCAAAAGGACGUGCAGGUCAAGCCGGCCGACAGGCACAACCUGUUGCGGCCCGAGACGGUGGAGAGUCUGUUUUACCUGUACCGCUGCACGGGGGACCGCAAGUACCAGGACUGGGGCUGGGAGAUCCUGCAGAGCUUCAACACGUACACGCGGGUCCCCUCGGGCGGCUUCUCUUCCAUCAGCAACGUCCAGGACCCCCGCAACCCCCAGCCCAGGGACAAGAUGGAGAGCUUCUUCUUGGGGGAGACACUCAAGUACCUGUAUCUGCUCUUCUCCGACGACCCGGACCUGCUCAGCCUGGAUACCUGCGUGUUCAACACCGAGGCUCACCCCCUGCCCAUCUGGGCCCCUGCCUAGGGCGGGAUGGCUCCCCAGUGGGCGCUGCCCGGGGUCUGACGCGUCCUGUCAUGGAGGCCCCUGGGUAGAUCCAGCCUCCUUUGACCUUGGCCAUGUGGUGUCCACCCAGCUGGCUGGACGUGCUCCAGGCCC